UUCAGUCUUCACAUUGUCAGAGAGAGGUGUGGAGGCUGCAUCUCUCGUCGUCAAACCCUCUCGUUGUCAAACUCUCUCGUCGUCGUGAGCCGAACUGAGAAACCUCACAAAAAAUGAUGUGGUCCCUGUCUACAUUUUUAUUGGUCUGCAGUUGCUUGCAAGUGGCCCUGAGCGACUUGACCUGCAAUCCGAUCGAGGGAAACCUGAAACAAAUCGAUGCCGGGAAUGGGCAAGUCUUUGGAGUGAGUGCAAAUGGAUCGGUUUACACCAGGCAUGUUGGCACCUGGGUGUUGGUUCCCGGGAACCUGGCACACGUGACAGUGGGUCCAGCUGGAGUCUGGGGCGUCGACAGUGCUCACAUCGUCUACAGAAAACGGGGAGGAUCCUGGGUGGUUAUGGAUGGCCUGCUCAAACAGAUCGAUGCUGGUGGAAAUGGUAUUGUGGGUGGAGUUAACAUGAAUGAUGACAUCUUCUGUGUCCAUCAAGAUGAAGCAAGAUCUGCAAUCAGUAUUUCCAGCCCAAAUUACAAUCACAUUGAUGGCAAACUGAAAUACUACUCCUGUGGGAUGUAUAGUUGUUGGGGCGUUAGUGCAAACGAUGAUAUCUUCUUCCGGUCAAAGGUGACAUCGAGUCAAUGUGCUGGAACUGAAUGGCUGAAGGUGGAUGGCAAGCUCUCAAUGAUCGAGACUGGGACAGACGGGAGUGUCUAUGGUGUCAACAGUAACGGCAAUGUCUACCGCAGAGAUGGGAUCACCUCCCAGAACCCUACUGGGACAACCUGGACUCACAUCAACAUUGGAGGGAUACUCUUCAAGCACGUGACUGUGGAUCUAGAAGAAAUGUGGCUGGUUACUACCCUCAACAAUAUCAUUCAUUGCCAAUAGCUUCAAGAAGCUGAAAGUGUGAUCAAGAAUCAAUUUUUAAAAAUCAGUUCUAUAAUUGAGUUGGGAAAUGGUGUCGCUUAUUUUCUUCUGAACUCUUGCUAAGAUUAGCCUGCUAGUCCAACAUUCCAAGGAAUUGCCUCUGGCACAAGUGUAAGUAAACCGGCCCAGGAAGAAUUUCAUAGACGAGCAAAUCAGACU